AUGACGGCCCUCUUCCUUGACCUGGAGGGAGCAUUUGAUUCAGCACCACAUGAGGGCAUCCUGUACAAGCUGGCACUCAUGGGUAUCACUGGCACCACCCUUGCCUGGGUGCGCGACUUCCUCACCGGUCGCUCAUUCCAAGUGGCCGUUGGUGCAUCACUGUCACCUUCCCAAGGAAUUCAUCGUGGCGUACCUCAGGGAUUCAUUCUCAGGCCCCUUCUGUUCAAUGUUCUUCUCUCUGACCUACAGGUUCACCUUCUCCUCUAUGCUAAUGACAUUACCAUCGUCAGUCGAGCACCCACACUUUCCGAGGCUCAGGACCACCUGCAGGAGGCUGCCACCGCCUUGGGUGCAUGGAUGACAACCUGGGGGCUACAAGUUAGUGCCUUAAAGAGCUCUCUCAUGUGUUUCACCAUGAGAAAGCUUCCAACUCCACCUACUGUCACCUUAAGUGGGGAGGUUGUUCCAUACUCAACCUCACACACCCUCCUUGGACUGCGGCUGGAUGGCCCUCGCCUCUCCUGGGUAAAUCACAUCAGUUAUCUCCGUACCUCUUGCAACAAACGCCUGGAUGUGAUGAAGCAAAUAGCUGGCAUCUGCUGGGGAGCCAGUUGUGACCUGCUCCUCCACUACUAUAAGACCACCAUCAGGGCCAAAAUGCAGUAUGCCAGCUGCUUCUAUGGGUCAGCUGCCUACUCCAACCUCCUCAAGCUUGACCCCAUUCAGAAUGCUGCCUUGAGGAUCCUUAUGGGGGCCAUGAGAUCCUCCCGAGUUGUUUCUCUACAUGCAGAGAAUGAUGUUUCUCCACUGUCCACCCAUAGAUGGAUGACCUUGUGCCAACAAUACAACAGGAUACUGGACCUACCUGCUUCCCAUCCCCUCUCUACCCUCCACUCCAACUCAGGGGUGGAUCAGCAAGCUCCUUGGAUUAGCAGCACCCCACUUCCAAAAGCUGGAGAUGCCUCCCUGCCCUCCUCGGCAGCAGCUAUAUAUGACGCCAGUACAGCUAUCUGUAAGACAUGGAGGCUUCCUGAGUACACAGAUGUCCUUACCACGGAGCUCUUUGCCCUUCUCUGGGCCCUCAUCUACCUUUGCACCUCUCACCCGAAGUCCAUGGUGGUAAUUUACACCAACUCCCGCUCAUCUCUCUCUCUCCUCCUGUCCUGGCAGCCAUCCUCCGCCACAACCCUCGUCCACUCCAUCCAGAGCACCUUCCUCCAUCUCCUGAACACUGGCUGGGAUAUCACUUACCAGUGGGUGCCUUCCCACAGGGGCAUCCAGGGGAAUGAGGUGGUGGAUGCUGCUGCCAAGAUGGCCUUAACCCAUGUAAACAUUACCCCCCUACCCCUCCAGCUUUAUUCUGCCAAACGGCUCAUAUCUCGCCUCUGCCACUCAUCCUGGGACUCUUCACUCAACACCGCUCUCCGAGUCACCUCUAUGGGCCUUUACUGUAGUGACUCAUCUCCACAGCCUUGGGUCAGGAAACAGUCCCGCAUCCUAGAUGUAGCACUCACCUGCCUCCGUCUGGGCCACACAAGACUCACAGCACACCUGCAUUGCCUGGGUCUAUCAUCAGACCCCUACUGUCCCUGCAACACUGCCCCCGCUUCCACUCCCACCAUGUUGUGCUCCGUGAUCACCUUGUUGCCUUGGGUGUGUCUACCUUUCAUCUGCCCACCCUGCUGGCGGCGGCGAGCGUCCACUCCUCACACUGAGCUGCGGUUCUCCGCCUCACCUGCGUCUUCCUGA